UGUCGCGGAAGUCUGUUGUCACGCUGUGUUUGUGUGUCGCGUGGGGUUCUUCAGCAGGUCUGUAAUAUAAGUAUAUUUUCCCGGGAAGGGAUAUAAAUGGAAGAGACUGCGCAACAAGACCUCGUCUUUCUGGAGCUCAGACAGAAGCUGCAAAGUGGCCUUGUGUUCAUUCGCAGUGACGCUGUCAGGGAUGAUGCAGAUGUGAAGAUCGAGUCUAAACAAGGCUCCGUCCUGAGCGUCCAGACCCCAGACCGGACCUAUCGGGUGAAGCUAGCGCCUGCGGUGAGUCUGCUGGAGACGUCGUGCCAGAGGAGUCCUGGAAACACUCAACACGGAUCACACUUCAGACUGCGGCUCAAGGUGGAGCAGCCGACAGAAGCUCCUUGCAGUGUGAUUGGACAGCUGCGGGUCGAUGUGACGUACUCCUUCCUGUGCCAGUCUUGUGGCGCCAUGGUGCUUCAAGACAGGACGUUUGGGCGAGUGCUUCCUUUGCCCAAUGGAAACUGGAAUGCAUUAGUGGACGACUGGUGCUGCCACCCCGAUCCCUUCGCAAACAAGAAGCUGCUCCCGCGAGACGGAGACUGUCUGGUCGGAGACACGUUUCUUCUGUUGGCUCGGGACAGCAGCUGUGAGCAGACCCUCGUACGGGAAGAGAGCUCGCGUCAGAACGCCUCUGCGGAGCAGAAGCGCAGCAGCAAGCGUGUGAUGGUGUCCUGCAGGAGCUGCUCUGCGGCGCUGGGAGAGGAAGUCACUGCAGAGGUGCUGAAGUUUUACAUAACUGAAAUAUUAGUAAAGCCACGUGAAGAUGGAGAGUGUGAUAUAGCACAGCUCAGUUUAGUGUCCGAGCCUAGUUCAGAAAGGCAGAGAUUCCUGGAGCGAACUCUAGCGGCCCGGCUGGUCGAGCUGUCAUCGGCACAGAGUAUAUUUCGCUUUUCCAUCCAAACCCCAGAUGACAAAGCUGUGAUUUUGCUGUGGCUUCUGAACACAGACGCUCUGGUCGCCUCAUUUCCCGACGCAGCAGCGAGGGGCGACAGCUUCAUAUCCGCAGAUGAGGUUCAUCAGUCAUGCUGGGCCGCUCAAGCAGUCAAAGUGCUGUACAUCCUCUGCUCUGACAGCAAACUCCAAGAUGUUGUGGAUGUCUGGGAGAAGGACAUUAGUGUUCACCCUCUGCCGCUCCCUCAGAGCUCAUGUGAGGAGCUCCAGAAGCUUCUGAUGUCCAGCACCUCCAGACUGCCUGCAUUCCUGCGCUGCAUGAACUCCUAUCAGGUGGCCUACAUGCAGAUGUGAUGCACUGAGCUCAGAAACCACUGGAGCAGUUUAUCAUCACAGUGCAGCGACACAUGAAGUCAGAUAGGAAA